AUGAUUGAAGUGUCAGAUGGAAUUGCCAAUGAUGGUACUACAGCACCUGAGGCCAUGGAUAUCCAGUAUGAGUCUGUGGGCACACUCUGUGAUUUCCGAACCCUCUACCAGACAGAGCCCGAUGCAUAUGGCGAAUAUUCAUGGGUCAAUGAACUACCCCUCGACUUGCCUAAGCCCGUCGAGGAUGCAGAGUCGGCACAAUAUGCGCUUCUUGUGAGAAAGAAGAAGUGCUAUGAUGGACGCAGAAGCUUGUCUAUUCAUUCUAUUAUAGUGCAAAGCGAGUAUCUCAAGGAGUUCUUGAAGCAGGCCCUAAAAGAUUACCCUGGUGUCACACCAGCCUUGCAGCGCCUUGAGUUCAAAUCACCUUUCCAUCCUUUUGUUCAUCGAUGGGAAGCAAUUACCAAGUUCCGAGACGAAGAGCAAGAUCCAACAACCAAGGCUCAUGUGGAAUUGUUCUACCGCAUCAUGGACGAGGAGCUCAGAGACGUGAUUGAACGCAAGAAGGACCUGAUUGCCAAAGGGGUCAUCACCCACGAUUUGGCUUGGACAAUUCUGGAACCUCAAGAUGUGGUCCUUUCCUCGAGUGAUGGGCUACGUGCCUAUUCGCUCAUGCACGAAUCAGAAGAUGACCUAUCGGAAACCGAGUAUUUCACAGUCCAAUACGUUGACUUUGACGGAAGCAAAUUCGGUUACGCAUCCAUGGGGUUCGAGAUACCCAAGUUUGCGGGCACGCUACCCAUCACCUCCUUGCCUAUCUACCCACUCAAAUACCAUCCAGAAAAAGAAACCGUCAAAGAUUUAUUGACCGCACGGGGCGAGAAGUGGGAAAAGUACAAGGGGUACCAUUUCAAAUCCUAUGAAAAUGCUUCAACCAGCAAGGACCCCGGAAGUCGGGAUAACAAUUUGAGGGACACCAAACGUUCUGUCAAAAAUCGCGUCAUCAUCGACGCCGAAGGAUACAAGCUUUUGGGGCGCAUGCGUGGGUUCAUUACACUUGAGAGGCAGAUUGGUGGAGAGCUGGACGAUGCUCAGCGCCUCAUUGCAACUCCAAUACUCCAUGGAUAUUCUCUAGAUGACAGACAAUGGGGUUCGUUCCACGUGGAUGGUUUGAAAGACAUUGAGUGGGAUGAGCAGGCCUUCGAUUCACUAGUUCUACCGCGGGAGCAGCGGGGGCUCAAGGAGGUGAUCUUGGCCGUUGCGAAGGCUCACUCCAACAAAGUGGAUGCAUUUGACGAUGUCGUUCGGGGCAAAGGCCGGGGCUUCAUUAUACAGCUCAGUGGUCCUCCCGGGGUCGGAAAGACGCUUACUGCGGAGAGCGUUGCCGAGGUCAUGAAAGUGCCUCUUUAUGUCAUGAGCGCGGGUGAUCUUGGGGUUGACGCUAGAGGAUUCGAAAACAAAUUGACAGACAUCCUGCAGAUGAUUCCUAGGUGGGGUGCUAUUCUAUUGCUUGAUGAGGCUGAUGUCUUUAUGGAAACCCGUGAUUCAGCCGAUCUCGGUCGCAAUGAACUUGUCUCCAUCUUCUUGAGGAUAAUUGAAUACUACGAGGUAGGCUUGAGAUCAUCAACGCCAGAAGAUAUGGGGGAAAUACAACAUACGCAAAAAGGACAUAUUACUGAUCUUCUAUCUUCUCUCCAGGGUAUUCUCUUCUUGACCACCAAUCGUACACAGAAUAUCGAUCCUGCCUUCGGGUCUCGGAUCCACCUUUCUCUCACCUACAAGGAGCUUGAUGUGGAAUCCAGGCGCCAGGUUUGGAUACAGUUCCUAAACCGCUCAUCGAAUAAUGAGGCCUUUACGGACGAGCAACUUAACCAGGUGGCCGAGUUGCAACUGAACGGUCGCCAGAUCAAGAAUGUCAUUAAGACAGCCAGUCUCUUAGCUUGGUCCAAGGAACGUGAGCUUCGAUAUGAAGAUCUAAAGAUGGUGCUUGCUCUGAGAGAUUCGCAAAAUUAA